GUACAAUCUGUAUCUGUUAAUUCUGCGCAAAUUGCCCGUAUGUUUUCAAAGUGUGUGUGGGAGAGCGGCCGCCAUGCAAAUCUUUGAAGCUGGUCUGAAGAGAGCCGAUCCCUACACCGCCGUGUAUAACUACUUGAAGGACGGCAAGGAUUCUGUAGACGGUGUUCGUGUUGGUGAUUCCAAAUCUGUCGUGAUUGUUGGUGGAGGAAAGGCAGCUGUGCGCAUGGCCGAAGCCGCCGAGGACUACUUCGGCGACCGUAUUCACUCAGGUCAUGUGGUUACGAAAUACAAGCAUGCUGCCGGCAAUCACCUGAAGCGCAUUGGCGUAACCGAAGCGGCUCACCCAGUUCCGGACAAGAACAGUGUCGCUGGUUCGUUAACUCUGUUUAAGACGCUGGCCGAAAAGCCGAAGGACAGUGUUGUAAUUACUCUCAUUAGCGGCGGCGGCAGCGCUCUUCUCAGCGCUCCGUCUCCCGGCGUGACCCUGGAUGACAUUCGCCAGACGACCAACGUGCUGCUCGGCUGCGGCGCGACGAUCCACGAGAUCAACAGCAUCCGCAAGCACCUCUCUGCGAUCAAGGGCGGUCAUCUUGCGGAGGCGGCGUACCCGAACCCGUGCUUCUCGCUGAUUUUAUCGGACGUGAUGGGCGACGAUCUCUCGACGAUCGCCUCGGGCCCGACGCACUUCGACCACACGUCCUUCCAGGACUGCAAGGCGAUCAUCGACAAGUACGGCAUCUGGGACAAGCUCUCCGAGGGCGUUCGGAAGCAGAUCCAGGGCGGCGUGGACGGCACCGUGGCGGAGACGCCGAAAGAGGACAGUCCGGUGUUCGCGAAGUGCGUGUACACGCUGGUAGGGAACAACGACCAGUCGCUGGACGUGUCGGCGGCGAAGGCGCGCGAGCUGGGCUACACGCCGGUGGUGCUGUACAGCGGGCUGGAGGGCGAGGCCACGGAGAUGGCGGAGAAGCUGCUGGCGAUGGCGCGGGACAUUAAGAGCGGCAAGGGCUCCGUGAAGGCGCCCGCGGCGAUCAUUGCGGGCGGAGAGACGACGGUGAAUCUGGGAGCGAAGUUCGGACUGGGAGGCCGGAACCAGGAGAUGGCGCUGAAGGCGGCGAUCGCGCUGGACGGAGAGAAGGGAAUCACCUUCCUGAGCGGAGGCACCGACGGAACCGAUGGGCCGUGCGAUGCGGCCGGAGGCGUGGUCGAUGGAGAGACGUAUCAGAGAGGAAAGAAGAAGGGACUGGAGGCCAGGGACUUCUUGAAGGCGCAUGAUGCGUAUAACUACCUUAAGCAUUUGGAUGGAGAGCACAUCGUGACGGGACCGACCGGCACGAACGUGAUGGAUAUUGCAGUGGUUCUUGUGGAAUGGAGUGUUUGUUGA